ACCGUGCAGUUGUGCCUUUUGGAGCUUCUCCAACGUUUUGCUACCGUGCUGAAGAAAUAGGGAAAGGCAGCCGAACCUGUUGGUGAAGAAAGAGCUAGGAUGGAGGCCACAUCCAACAACAAGCCAACUUCACCCCCAAAUGGGAUAACGGUCACGAUACCAGACUUCAGCCAUCUGAAUGGACAUCAACGCCCCGCCGACAAACCUCUGAUCCCGGAAUAUUGGAAGACACUGUGGAGCUAUGGCUAUAUGAACCUUGUCGUAUUUAUCAUGUGCUACGCUACUGUUAUCACUCAUCGAGAAGCCCCGGAUAGAAGGAAACAUCCACCUCUUCCAGAUCGAUUUAUGGACAAUCUGCCCAACAUUACAUGGGGAAUAAUGGGUUCUGAAGUCUGCAUCAUGGUUCUCGGUCUUACAUUGCUUGUGAUGACGAUCUUUCAUAAACACAGGACUAUCGUUUUCCGGAGAUUUUGCAUAAUUUUGGCGACUGUGUACAUUAUGCGGAUAUCCACGAUGUUAAGCACUGCACUACCAGUUCUACCGCCUCCCAAUGAAUGCACAAAACAGCCUACAGAUACCUACUAUGAGCAACUGGCUCUUACCUUUUCCUUGUGGAUGAAAUCUGGCUCUCGUUUGAGUGGUAUUAAAAUGUGUGGAGACUACAUGUUUAGUGGUCAUAUAACAUCCUUAACCCUGGCAAAUCUCAUGAUUAUUGAGUAUUCACCAAGCAAUUUUUACGUCUUACGUUACUUUUCGAUCAGUCUCAACGUUGUAGGCUCUUACAUCUUAAUCGUCGGCAGGGGGCAUUACACGGUCGACGUCAUCAUCGCUAUCAUUCUCGUUUUUAUAGUCUUUCAUUUUUAUCACACGCUCACUAGCCUUUACGUCUUCACAAAGAGCAGCGAUAAGCUACGCUGGUUCCCGUUCUUCUGGUAUUUUGAGCGCAACGUGUGUUGCGCCGUGCCGAACGAGUUCGAAGUCCCUCGUCUUUCACAUAUCUUUUCAGGGAAAAUAUAGAAAAUCUACUGUUAUAGUUAUGAAAUAUAUAGCUGAAAUGUCUGUUUUCAUUAUUUGUUUUUGAGUGCCUUGAGGUUUUUGUUCACAUUGUUCUCAUAUUUGAGUUGUGAGGGUUAUCUUAUACGAACAAUAAUUACGUACGGCUCCAUGAGUGUAUUUUUGUUGGCGAUAUGAUCAGAAGCAAUGGCUGAUGAGAGAUUCUGGAAACGAGGCUCUUUAAAGAGAAGGUUGAGUUCUGGGAAGAGGUGAAAAAUAAUUGUGAGCAUUAUCAUUCUUAUUAUAUGCAAGUGUGGAAGAACAUCAGA